GCCAACGUCGGUACAUUAUGUGGCUGAAAAUAGCCUGGUUAGCUUAGCUCGCUAGCUUUUUUCUGUCAGAGAAAUCUGUUCAGGAUUGUGAAAGUGUGAAGUGUCCUUGCUUGUGUUUACGGGGGAAUUAAUCAUGGUUGCCUUGAUAAGAACUAGAAGACAUUUCCACUGCCGUACCAUGAAACACUGAGGACUUUUAAGGGGAUGUUUUAUCGCUGAAUUUUUUUUUUUUGCCGGCUUUUUUUCCCCCUCUGAAAGCCAGGAGCUAGCGGGCGCGAAAACAGGAGGCUCUGCAGAAGGCUCAAGCUCGGGUGUUUUUUGGGUUUUUUUGGCGUUUCUGAUUGAAAGAAAAGGUCCAGGCUCAGCGUGGCUGCGUAAAGGUGUCCAUGAGAAAGCCACGCCGGAGAGGGGGCCUCCCCGGGGGUUUAGGCGCCAGGAAAAGCGAUGCGGCUACACCUCGAGGUGGGGGAGCUCGGGGGGCCACGCAGCCCCGCUCUCCCUCCCCCUACAGACUCAAAGUUUCCCCGACGCGAGAGACCCUGACUUACGCCCAGGCUCAGAAAAUAGUGGAGGUGGAUCUGGAUGGGCGGUUGCACCGCAUUAGCAUCUUCGACCCGCUGGCCAUCAUCACGGAGGACGAAAUGAUGGCACAGGACAUGGCCGAGUGCAACAGCAACAAAGAGAACAGCGAGCAGGCUUCGUCGGCCAUCGUGACCAGCCCAAACCGCAGGUCUGUAAGCCAGAAGGGCAGAAAGAAGGACUCGAAAAAUGCAUCUUCUUCUACUUCUUCCUCUCAGAACUCGCACAGACAGCAUCACGCGCAUCAUAACCCUGCCCAGCAGCACAACAACAACAGCUGCUCAGCCUUACCCGAGCCCACUUUUAGGGUUCUCGAGUCGUUUGAGCCCAUCGAGGCUCCACCACUCCCCACCGCCUAUUAUCGCUACAUAGAGAAAUCGCCGGAGGAGCUGGAAGCCGAGGCCGAGUAUGACAUGGAUGAGGAGGACGCGGCCUGGCUGGAGGUGAUGAACGAGAAGCGGUCAUCUGAUGGCCAGACGGCCGUAUCGGCAGACACCUUCGAACUUCUGAUGGACCGGCUAGAGAAGGAAUCGUUCCUGGAGUCAAGAAUCCCUCAGGCUGCCGUGGACGAGGACGCCUUCUGCUGCGUGUGCCUGGACGACGAGUGCCUCAACAGCAACGUGAUCUUAUUCUGCGACGUGUGCAACCUGGCCGUGCACCAGGAGUGCUACGGCGUGCCAUACGUGCCCGAGGGCCCUUGGCUUUGCCGCCGUUGCCUUCAGUCUCCCUCUCGGCCCGUGGGCUGUGCGCUGUGCCCGAACAAAGGCGGCGCGUUCAAGCAGACGAACGACGGGCGCUGGGCGCAUGUGGUGUGUGCCAUCUGGAUUCCCGAGGUGUGCUUCGCAAACACGGUAUUUCUCGAGCCCAUCGAGGGUGUGAACAACAUCCCAGCGGCACGCUGGAGGCUGACGUGCUACCUGUGCAAGCAGAAGGGCCAGGGUGCAUCUAUUCAAUGCCACAGAGCCAACUGCUACACGGCGUUUCACGUCACGUGUGCCCAGAGGGCCGGACUCUUUAUGAAAAUCGAGCCGGUACGCGAGACCACAGCCAACGGUAUGACGUUCUCGGUGAAGAAGACAGCAUUCUGCGAGGCGCACUCGCCCCCCGAGAAGGAGGGCUCGGACGACGAAGAGAACGGAGGGAGGGUGGUGGGCUGCCGGGCCAGUCGAGGAAUGAGCGCCUACGCGCCGAGUCCUCAGCUGAUAAGGUCUCUGAAAAGCAAUAAGAAAGACGGCAAUAAGAAAAAGAAGAAGGGGAAGAAAAGUCCAGAGGUGCCAUCCAAAAAAGCAUCAACACCUCUGGUCACCGUGCCCCAGAUUCCCACACACAGGUUAAACAAAGUUUUUAAAGGUAUCAUUAUUCAAAAGAAGAACUAUUUUAUGCAGCGGUUGCACAAUUAUUGGUUACUGAAGCGUCAGUCACGUAACGGAGUACCUCUCAUACGCCGGUUGCACUCGCAUCUGCAGGCCCAGAGGAGCACCGAUCAGACCGAACCAGACGAGAAGGUCAGCGCUGUACGAGAAGAACUCAAAUACUGGCAGAAGUUGCGUCAUGAUUUGGAGAGAGCGCGGCUGCUGGUGGAGCUCAUCCGGAAGAGAGAGAAACUAAAGAGGGAGCAGGUGAAGGUGCACCAGGCUGUGAUGGAGAUGCAGCUGACUCCUGGUCUCAUGCUGCUGCGCUCCACCCUGGACCAGCUGCAGGAGAAAGAUGUAGCACGUAUCUUUGCACAGCCGGUUAACCUUAAAGAGGUACCUGAUUACCUGGAGUUCGUCUCUCAGCCCAUGGACUUCUCCGCCAUAAGGGUCAAACUGGAGGCUCACCAGUACCGAACGCUGUCUGACCUGGAGGCCGACUUCAACCUCAUGAUCUCCAACUGCCUCCUUUAUAACGCUAAGGACACUGUGUUUUACAAAGCGGCGGUGCGUCUGAGGGAAUUAGGGGGCGCGAUCCUGCGCCAUGCACAGCGGCAGGCCCACAACACGGGGCUGGACCCUCACACGGGCAUGCACCUACCAGAGUCGCCACAUAAAAAAGACUACUACCGUUGCACCCUGGAGGACGUGGACACCCUGCUCGACCCUGAGAACAGGCUGCACAUGACGGUAGAAGACCAGCUAAAGGAACUCCUGGAUAAGCUGGACGUUGUGACGUCGAUGCGCUCAAGCGGAGCCCGCACACGACGCAUUCGACUCCUACGCAAAGAGAUCAACAAUGUCCGCUAUCGCCGUAACUCCCACCUCUCUAACGGAGACGCCGAGCAGGAGGACGACGAGGAUGAUGAGGAGAAAGACAUGGACGCUGAAAAUAACCUGUCCUCAUUCUCAGACAAAGAUGAUUGUAAAUCUACCCCACCUCCCACCCUGGAGCCCUCUGGUCUUGCUUUAUCCCCACCUCCUGGAGAGACCCCUCUGGAUCCUCCAACUCUCCGGCCAAUGACCGAUCCCAAAACCAUGUCCCCUCCUGAACCCCUCAAACCAAGCACUGAGAGUCGCGACGCAGAUUCUGAGGUCGACACGGCCUCACAAAACUCUAGAGUUCGAGAGACACCUCCUGUGUUGUCUCCCAGCGAGGGAAAGCUGCUCAACGGCAUCUCAAACACUGAAUCUCCUACACGACCCGUUUCGGGGGGAGUGGGUCGCCGAACCGCCAUCCUGUUCAGAAAAGCGAAAAACGGUGCCAAACUGCAUCGUGACAAGGACAAUCAGCUGCAGAACGGCGAAAGUAGAACGCCGCAACGCCCUGCUCCUCCAACUACCACUACUACCCCUGUAACCACAGAGGCACCCGCUCCACCCGUCCUCACCCCGGCCAAUCAGAGACCUCGGAGCCGCAGCGCGAGUCCCGAAGAGCGACGGGAGAAGACCCCGCCUCGCUCAAUAGAAACUGCUCUUACAAACGGAUUCAAAAAGCACAAAGACGGCGGUUCAGACUCUGACGGCAGCUCCUCACCCAUAGUCAAAAAGGAAAUUACCCUACCACCAAAAAAAAGUCGGGGGAAACCUGCACUGUCCAAAGUACCGUUCCUAGAGACUGUUAACGGAGAUUCGGACUACACCGGCCCAGUGGAUAUGCUGUCAAUAGAAAGCGAUGCAGAACCCGAGCCUCUGGACCUGGUGUGGGCCAAGUGUCGAGGAUAUCCGUCGUACCCUGCUCUGAUCAUAGAUCCGGACAUGCCGGAGGAGGGUGUGUUGCAUAAUGGCGUGCCCAUCCCUGUACCACCUGCGGAUGUGUUGCGGCUCGGAGAGCAGAGACAGGAAGAGGCUGGAGAAAAACUUUACCUUGUUCUUUUCUUCGACAACAAGCGCACCUGGCAGUGGUUACCUCGGGAGAAGCUUCUGCCUUUGGGAGUAGACGACACAGCGGACAAACUGCGUCUGAUGGAGGGCCGAAAGACGAGCAUCCGCAAGUCCGUGCAGCUAGCCUACGACCGAGCCAUGAUCCACCUGAGCCGAGUGCGCAGCGAACACGGCUUUAUCGCUUCCAGCUACCUGUAGAGAAGAAUCCUAGUGCGCAUCACUACCCGAGCUCAUCACUACAGCUCAAACAGCAUACGCACAGAUGGCUGCAUCCCCAAUCCUCUCGCUCUGCUUGUCUCGUAGAGCAAGAGGUGAAGUUGCUUGAAUGCAAGUUCAGUGCAUUUCUUUCCAGUGUCAAGAAGGAGUUGCAGCCAUGCUUUGUUGUUUUGUUUUUUGUUUUUUUUCCCCCCCUUUUAUCCCUUUUUACGGUCUGGGUGGGUUAGAAAAAAACAUUUAUAAUGAACGCAACUGUGAGGGUUUUUUUUUUUUUAAAUACUAGUGUCACUUUAAAUCUUGUGGUUUAAGCGUGGACCGUCUGAAGGCUGGAUAAAGACAUCUAACGGUAUCUGUUCUCCGACAACGAUCGCUUAAUACAAAGAAGCGAACAAAUCAGCUGGCGAACGCGUGCGGACGUGUGAAUGAAUCACUGCCAUUUUUCUUACGAUAGCUUUUUACUUUUUAACGUUUUACAAACCACUUCUUGUAUAAUGUUAAGACACUCGUGUAUAUAACUACUUUUUUAUCAUAUAUCUAAUUUAAUUUGGAUCUUGUGUAUGAAUUCGAUCACCUGGAUGUAUGAAGAAAUUAGAUCUCGCCUGUACAUAUUUGUUUAAAAAAAAAAAAAACGAGAAAGACCAAAAAAAAAAAAAAAAGAUCAGAUCACUGGCUUGCUGCGAAAAAAAAAGUGUAUCCUGCUUGUCCUUGACUGUGUGUGCGUACAUUCAUUCAGUUGCAAGAAAAAUAUAUACUUAGAGUUUCAUGUCUGAUUUGCAGCCAGUUGUCUGUGGUUAAAUAUUAUCACUUUUUGAUACACAGAAAUGUAAUUUAUUUAUGGAACACAGAGAGAGAGCGAGAGAGAGAGAGAUAGAAAGAAUUAAAUUAUAUAUUGGUUGAAGAUUCAAAUCAAAGCUUAUUUAAGGUAAACUAUUGAAAUGGGUUUUUAAAAGAAGAUGGGCUUUGUGACCUUAAGUUAGUUAUGUUCAGCUUUUUAAAGAUGUAUGUGCUGUAAGGAAGAUGUUCACAAACUGUUAGACAGUUAAAAUCCCUUUUUGUUUUUGCACCAUGAAGCACAGAGCCUGUAUUUAUUAUAGAACGUUGUUGAGCUUGUACCUGUUUAUAAGAUGUUGAAGUUUUACGCUUGUAUAAACUGCAGAUUUUACCUACUUGCCAAAAUAUCAUGUCUGAAACAGUAUUUUCUCAUGUGGGGGAAAUAAAUGUUCUAUUGAAACUCUUAAUUCUUA